AUGCUAUAUAAAAUCGAGACGGGCGGCGUACGAAACGAUGAGGGUUUGACGAAAGACGAAAGCAAAAAGGAAAACAAGACAAAGGCUGAAUGGCGAGACGAAAAAGGAGAAGUCGAAAGGUCGAAAGUCGAAAAGAAGCGAAGAGAGAGAGACGUUCCUUCCCCCUUUUUACUCCGCGGUUCGAAAACGAUUGUUCGGAUUCGACUUUCGCUUGCUUGCACCUGCUUUGUCGACUCAAGUUUCCGGUUCGAGAAAGAGGACGAGGUUGGUCCGGGAAAAAAGGCAAGCAGAUUUGCGGUUUUGCCUGGGACAGAGAAACUUGUCGGGCCUUCCUGGGGGAUAGAGGAAGGAGCGGUCGGCGAGGAGAGGAAUGAAGAGAAAGAGAGAUAG